CACUACUGCAGGAGGAGUGUGCAAGAUCUUCAACACCAACAGAAACUCAAGAAAAUUCACUACAGCCAUGGCUUCCAUCAAAAUUCAACAGAACAAUGCUACAGGGCUCAAAAAGUCCAGGUCGAGGAAAAACAUCAACUACUUCACAGACGUGCAUGGGCUGCCUAGCAUUGAAAAGCUUGUGACCUCUGUGGAAGAAACUCCUCAGCCAAUCAUCACCAAAAUCACAGGCAAAAUCCCAGAAUGGAUCAAUGGGAAGUUCCUGAGAAAUGGACCUGGGAAGUUUGAGUUUGGAAACAACAAGUUUAAUCACUGGUUUGAUGGUAUGGCUCUCCUGCACCAGUUCAAAAUAUCCAAUGGUCAGGUUACUUACAAAAGCCGCUUCCUGCGCAGUGACUGUUACCAAACCAACAAAGAGCUCAACCGUAUUGCUGUUUCAGAGUUUGGCACUGUCAUGAUGCCAGACCCCUGCAAAAACUUCUUUCAACGCUUCCUGUCAAGAUUUGAGUUACCAAAACCCACAGACAAUGCAAAUGUGAACUUCAUGACGUACAAAGGUGACUAUUAUGUCAGCACAGAAACCAAUCUCAUGCACAGGGUGGACCCUGAGACACUAGAGACAACUAAAAAGGUGGACUGGAGCAAAUUUAUUGCAGUAAAUGGAGCGACAGCACACCCCCACACAGAUCCUGAUGGAACAUCAUACAACAUGGGGAACUCGUACUCAGUUAAAGGAGCAACUUACAACAUCAUUCGCGUGCCACCAACAAAAGAAACAGCUGAUGAGACCCUGGAGGGAGUCACUGUGAUGUGCACUAUUCCUUCACUGGACAAGGCCAAUCCAUCCUACUACCACAGCUUUGGAAUGACUGAGAACUACAUAGUGUUCAUUGAGCAGCCAAUAAAGAUGGACCUGUUGAAGAUUGUGACCGGCAAGCUAAGAACAAAAAGCAUCGGUGAUGGUUUUUUCUGGGACCCAAAACUCAAAACUGUCUUCCACCUGAUUCACAAGGACACAGGGAAGGUAAGCGCCAUCAAGUACAUGGCUGAGCCACUAUCAACCUUCCAUCAGAUUAAUGCAUACGAGGAAGAUGGCUUCUUGAUCCUGGAUAUGUGUGCCUCAGAUGACGGUCAAGCAAUCUCAAACUACAACAUCCAGAACCUGCGCAAGUCUGGAGAAGCUCUUGAUGAGGUAUAUAACACUUUGUGUCGAUCCUUCCCACGGCGCUUCGUUCUUCCUCUAAAUGUGAGCAACGAUACACCCUACAACCAGAACUUGAACAACCAGGUCUACACCACAGCCACUGCUGUAAGAACUGAUAAAAACAAGGUCUUCUGUACUCAUGAAGACCUCCAUGGGGACGAUCUUCAUCACUAUGGAGGUCUGGAGUUCCCUCAGAUCAACUAUAACAAGUACAACACCAAGCCCUACCGCUUCUUCUACGGCUGUGGUUUCAGACAUCUUGUGGGAGACACACUGAUCAAAAUGGACCUUAAUGGGAAACAAAUGAAGGUGUGGGAACAGCCUGGCCUGUAUCCCUCUGAACCAAUCUUCGUGCCCUCCCCCAAUGCAACAGACGAAGAUGAUGGUGUUGUCUUGUCAGUUGUCAUCACUCCAAAUAAAGACAAGAGUACAUUCCUUCUGGUUUUGGAUGCAAAAACAUUUGAGGAGCUGGGCAGAGCUGCAGUACCUGUCAACAUCCCCUACGGUUUCCACGGGACAUUCAGUAACGAUGCUUAGAGCUGCAAGGAGGAAAUAAACACAGACUGAACUGCCAGACUCACAGGGAGUUAAAAACUAUGUCAAUACUGAGUCUUUUUUGUUUGUGUAAACUAAACUUGGAGAGGUCACUAUGAAGGUAUGACAUGUUAGCAGUAAAAAGAUGGCAACCUCUAUUAUUCAUAUUAUUUUGCAGGUAAAACUUUAGAAACUUUUGAGAUGUUCAAUUGUAAAUAUGUUUUCUUUUCUAUACUUUUAACAUUGUUUUUUAAUGUUUAAUUCAAGAACACUUCAGUUUUAAAAGAGUUUGAAUAGUAAAUAUCUCGGGUAGAGUACACAAAACUUAAUUUAUGAUGUUAACAUAUAAACUAACACUGCAGCUGGAAUAAAACAUUAACAGAAAGUUCCGUUCAGUAUUAAUGAGGAAACAUGUACUGACAUCUAUAUAUGAA